GGGCUGGGGCUCGGGGGGCGCCGAGUUUGACUAGUUUGGGGGUAGUCGGGAGCUUGGCGUCGCUCCUGCCGCCCGCUGCGGCGAGGGAGCCGCGCGUCGGCCGGGCCGAGCGCGUCCGGCCCGCUCCGGCUGGGGCCCACACUGGCAGCUGGGUAGCACUCGGCAGAAGUUGGCCCCUCGCGGGCGGGCGGCGGCGGCGGCGGCGGCGGCCAUGGAGCCCCGCAGCAUGGAGUACUUCAGCGCCCAGGUGCAGCAAAAGGACGUCGGCGGCCGGCUGCAGGUCGGCCAAGAGCUGCUGCUGUACCUCGGCACCCCUGGCGCCAUUCCGGACCUGGAGGAGGACCUGGGCCACCUCGGGAAGACGAUUGACGCGCUCACUGGCUGGGUGGGCUCCAGCAACUACCGGGUGUCAUUAAUGGGAUUGGAAAUUUUAAGUGCCUUUGUGGACAGAUUAUCUACACGAUUUAAAGCCUAUGUAGCAAUGGUUACUGUAGCUUUAAUAGACAGAAUUGGAGAUGCCAAAGACAAGGUUCGAGAUGAAGCUGUGACUCUGAUAUUGAAGUUGAUGGAUCAAGUAGCACCACCUGUGUACAUUUGGGAGCAGUUGGCUUCUGGUUUUAAGCACAAGAAUUUUCGGUCACGAGAAGGCAUCUGUCUGUGUCUUAUUGAAACCUUAAACAUUUUUGGGGCUCAGCCAUUAGUUCUCAGCAAGUUGGUACCACAUUUGUGCGUCCUAUUUGGAGAUUCCAACAGUCAGGUGAGAGAUGCUGCAGUAUUGGCCAUAGUAGAGAUUUAUAGACAUGUGGGAGAGAAAGUGAGGGUGGACCUUUAUAAGAGAGGAAUUCCCCCUGCUAGAUUAGAAAUGAUAUUUGCCAAAUUUGAUGAAGUGCAAAAUUCAGGCGGUAUGAUUUUGAGUGUCUGCAAAGAUAAAAGCUUUGAUGAUGAAGAAUCAGUGGAUGGAAAUAGGCCAUCAUCAGCUGCUUCAGCCUUCAAGGUUCCUGCACCUAAAACAUCCGGAAAUCCUGUCAACAGUGCAAGGAAGCCUAGUUCAGCAGGUGGCCCUAAGGUUGGAGCAGGUGCUUCUAAGGAAGGAGGUGCUGGAGCAGUUGAUGAAGAUGAUUUUAUAAAAGCUUUUACAGAUGUUCCUUCUAUUCAGAUCUAUUCUAGUCGAGAACUUGAAGAAACAUUAAAUAAAAUCAGGGAAAUUUUGUCAGAUGACAAACAUGAUUGGGAUCAGCGUGCCAAUGCACUUAAGAAAAUUCGAUCAUUACUUGUUGCUGGAGCUGCACAGUAUGAUUGCUUUUUCCAACAUUUGCGUUUAUUGGAUGGUGCACUUAAACUUUCAGCUAAGGAUCUCAGAUCCCAAGUUGUUAGAGAAGCUUGUAUUACUGUUGCCCAUCUGUCCACAGUUUUGGGAAACAAGUUUGACCAUGGCGCUGAAGCUAUCGUACCUACACUGUUUAAUCUUGUCCCCAAUAGUGCAAAAGUCAUGGCAACUUCUGGAUGUGCAGCAAUCAGAUUCAUUAUUCGGCACACUCAUGUACCCAGACUCAUACCUUUAAUAACAAGCAAUUGCACAUCAAAAUCUGUUCCUGUGAGGAGACGUUCAUUUGAGUUUUUAGAUUUGUUGUUACAAGAGUGGCAAACUCAUUCGUUGGAAAGACAUGCAGCUGUCUUAGUUGAAACAAUUAAGAAGGGAAUUCAUGAUGCUGAUGCUGAAGCCAGAGUGGAGGCAAGAAAAACAUAUAUGGGCCUUAGAAAUCACUUUCCUGGAGAAGCUGAAACAUUGUAUAAUUCCCUUGAGCCAUCUUACCAGAAGAGUCUUCAAACUUACUUAAAGAGUUCUGGCAGUGUGGCAUCUCUUCCUCAAUCAGACAGGUCCUCAUCUAGCUCACAAGAAAGUCUCAAUCGUCCUUUUUCUUCCAAGUGGUCUACAGCAAAUCCAUCAACUGUGGCUGGAAGAGUGUCGGCCAGCAGCAGCAAAGCCAAUUCACUUCCAGGAAGCCUGCAGCGUUCACGAAGUGACAUUGAUGUUAAUGCUGCUGCUGGUGCCAAGGCGCAUCAUGCUGCCGGGCAGUCUGUGAGAAGUGGACGCUUAGGUGCAGGUGCCCUGAAUCCAGGUUCCUAUGCAUCGCUAGAGGAUACUUCUGACAAGAUGGAUGGAACAGCAUCUGAAGAUGGCCGGGUGAGAGCAAAGCUUUCAGCACCACUUACUGGCAUGGGAAGUGCCAAGACAGAUUCCAGAGGAAGAAGUCGAACAAAAAUGGUGUCUCAGUCACAGCCUGGCAGCCGGUCUGGGUCCCCAGGAAGAGUUCUGGCCACGACUGCCCUCUCCACUGUGAGUUCCGGUGUUCAAAGAGUCCUGGUCAAUUCCGCAUCAGCGCAGAAGAGAAGCAAGAUACCACGGAGCCAGGGCUGUAGCAGAGAGGCUAGUCCAUCGAGACUUUCAGUGGCCCGAAGCAGCCGUAUUCCUCGACCAAGUGUGAGUCAGGGGUGCAGCCGGGAAGCUAGUCGAGAGAGCAGCAGAGACACAAGUCCUGUUCGCUCUUUUCAGCCCCUUGGUCCAGGGUAUGGGAUCAGCCAAUCAAGCCGACUCUCGUCCUCUGUGAGUGCCAUGCGAGUCCUGAACACAGGCUCUGACGUGGAAGAGGCAGUAGCAGAUGCCUUGCUCUUAGGAGACAUACGGACUAAGAAAAAACCUGCUCGAAGAAGAUACGAAUCAUAUGGGAUGCAUUCAGAUGAUGAUGCCAACAGUGAUGCGUCUAGUGCUUGUUCAGAACGCUCCUAUAGUUCUCGAAAUGGUAGUAUUCCAACAUACAUGAGGCAAACAGAAGAUGUGGCAGAGGUCCUCAAUCGAUGUGCUAGUUCUAACUGGUCAGAAAGGAAAGAAGGCCUUCUGGGUCUGCAGAACUUACUGAAAAAUCAGAGAACACUAAGUCGAGUUGAACUGAAAAGACUGUGUGAAAUUUUCACAAGGAUGUUUGCUGAUCCUCAUGGCAAGAGAGUGUUCAGCAUGUUUUUGGAGACUCUGGUGGACUUCAUUCAAGUCCACAAAGAUGAUCUUCAAGAUUGGUUGUUUGUAUUGCUGACACAACUAUUGAAAAAAAUGGGUGCUGAUUUGCUUGGAUCUGUUCAAGCAAAAGUUCAGAAAGCCCUUGAUGUUACAAGAGAAUCUUUUCCAAAUGAUCUUCAGUUCAAUAUUCUAAUGAGAUUUACAGUUGAUCAGACCCAAACGCCAAGCUUAAAGGUAAAGGUUGCUAUCCUUAAAUAUAUAGAAACUCUGGCCAAACAGAUGGACCCUGGAGAUUUUAUAAAUUCCAGUGAAACUCGCCUGGCCGUGUCUCGGGUCAUUACUUGGACAACAGAACCCAAAAGUUCUGAUGUUCGGAAGGCAGCACAGUCAGUGCUAAUUUCUUUAUUUGAACUCAAUACCCCAGAGUUUACAAUGUUGUUAGGAGCUUUACCAAAAACUUUUCAGGAUGGUGCUACCAAACUUCUUCAUAAUCACCUUCGAAACACAGGCAAUGGAACUCAGGGUUCCAUGGGGAGUCCUUUGACAAGACCAACAUCACGUUCACCAGCUAAUUGGUCCAGUCCUCUUACUUCUCCUACCAAUACAUCACAGAGUACUUUAUCUCCAAGUGCAUUUGAUUAUGACACAGAAAACAUGAACUCUGAAGAUAUUUAUAGUUCUCUUAGAGGUGUCACUGAAGCAAUUCAGAAUUUCAGCUUCCGUAGUCAAGAAGAUAUGAAUGAGCCAUUGAAAAGGGAUUCUAAAAAAGAUGAUGGCGAUCCUAUGUGUAGCAGUCCUGGAAUAUCCGACCCGAGAGCAGGAGGUGAUGCUACUGACUCAAGCCAAACAGUUCUUGAUAAUAAAGCUUCCUUGCUCCAUUCGAUGCCUGCUCACUCCUCUCCACGCUCUCGAGACUAUAAUCCAUAUAACUAUUCAGAUAGCAUCAGUCCCUUCAAUAAAUCUGCCCUCAAGGAAGCCAUGUUUGAUGAUGAUGCUGACCAAUUUCCUGAUGAUCUCUCCCUUGACCAUUCUGACCUGGUUGCAGAGUUGUUGAAGGAGCUGUCCAACCAUAAUGAACGAGUAGAGGAAAGAAAGAUUGCCCUCUAUGAACUUAUGAAACUGACACAAGAGGAAUCUUUCAGUGUUUGGGAUGAACACUUUAAAACAAUAUUGCUGUUAUUGCUUGAAACCCUUGGGGAUAAAGAGCCUACGAUCAGAGCUUUGGCACUAAAAGUUUUGAGAGAAAUCCUAAGGCAUCAACCGGCAAGAUUUAAAAACUAUGCAGAACUGACUGUCAUGAAAACAUUGGAAGCACAUAAGGAUCCUCAUAAGGAGGUGGUGAGAGCUGCUGAGGAAGCUGCGUCAGUGUUGGCCACUUCAAUCAGUCCAGAGCAGUGCAUCAAAGUACUUUGUCCUAUCAUCCAAACCGCAGACUACCCAAUUAAUCUGGCUGCAAUCAAAAUGCAAACAAAAGUGAUAGAGAGAGUGUCCAAGGAAACCCUUAACCUACUUUUGCCUGAGAUUAUGCCAGGCCUAAUACAGGGUUAUGAUAAUUCAGAGAGCAGUGUUCGGAAAGCUUGUGUCUUCUGCUUGGUGGCUGUUCAUGCAGUAAUUGGUGAUGAACUAAAACCACAUCUCAGUCAACUCACUGGCAGUAAAAUGAAGCUACUGAAUCUUUACAUCAAACGUGCACAGACAGGUUCAGGAGGAGUUGAUCCCACUGCUGAUGUUUCUGGACAAAGUUAGUGAAACUGAUUGACAUGACCCAUGUCUCUCAAAGAAAGAACAGAAAGACUACCCUCAUCGAUGAAAGGAAAUUUUCAAAUACAUGUUUUAGAAUUUAACCAAUGUUUCCCAGUUUUAGUUUUUUGUUUUGUUUUGCUUUGUAUUUUCUGUAACAGAGGACUAUCCUUAGUCUGCAUGUAACUUUUAUGAUAGUUAUCCCAAAUUCAAGAAGAAGCAGUAUUAACAUCAGUUGAUCAAUACAGAGGAAUUUUUUAAUCUAAUUUGUCAUUUUACAUGUCUGUACUUCUUUGUCUUCCCAUUAACCUUUGCCAGUGUUAUGAUUGUACAAAUUUUUUUUAAGUGCUGGUUAAACAGGAAUGCUUAAAGCUUUAAAAGUUUAACAGUCUAAAACAUUUUUUUUGCCUUUAUUCAACUGCAAAAUAAUAUUUUAUUGCUACUUUGAGUUUUGUUCCGUAUCAUGUCCUAUGCUAGAAAUAUUGAAAUGAUGUGAAAACAAACCAGGACUAAUUUGAACUGCAGCUGGACUUUGUUGUGUGAUGGUGAUAUAUGUCAUUAGUUGCAACUUCUUUGGGGUGAUCUGUACUUUGAAAGCAAAGACCUCAAAAAGAAAUGUAAAACGGAUAUUGUUUGUUGAUGAUUGAUCUUGCCGUUUUUAUUUAAAACCAUCUCCCCUCCAUGAUCCCUUAAGAAAGCUGCACCAAAUCAUCUGUCUGUGUUUUGUUUUGUUUUUUCCUUGAUACUUAUAAAAAUAGAAGGUUUUAUUGCAGGGUUUUUUGGUUUGUUUAUCUUGGUUGUGAAUGAUGCUUCUUUUGUAUUUAUUAAUAUCAAAUUCACUUAUGAAUAAACUUGAUAAUAGAAACAGACAAAAAAAAAAUCAAGUGCAUGUGUGUCCUUGACAUUCUCAUUUGAUAAACUAAUUAUUAGAUAAGGGGAGUCAAAUGGCACCUUUUCUGUAAAUGAUGGAACCUGGUUUCCUUUUACCAUGAAAUUGUCAUACUUGAAAAUAUUGAUCCUGAUGAGAGAGAAGAUGGUGCCAAGGCUGUCUUUCUAAAUGGGCUCAAAUUCUCUACCUCUUCAGGGCUAAUACUUUUUGACUGAGCUGCUGCCUGUGGUAUCUUUUUGAAAACUAUUUAAAGGGUGAUUUUUCUGUUAUUUUUUAACAAAUUUUUUUAAUCACCUUUUGCUACACCUAUUCUCUUCAUGUGCAGCCAACUUUCAAAAAUGACGAAUUGUGGUGAAAGGCAAAUUAGAUUGAUUUGGAACCAGGCUACUAAUGAUUUCUCAUCUUGACUUUUUUGGUUUUUUUAAUCCUAACAUAAAGUGAAUUUGACUGGAAAGGCAAAUAGCUAUUAGGGAAGCAAUUUGCUGUUGUUGCAGAGUUAUCUGUACUUUCUUUGUCUGAUUGAAAAAAGUGUAGAAAAUGUAUGUAAAGAAUUUAAGACAAGAGUACUGAAUGAGUGACUUGUCAUUGGCUUUACCUUCCUUUGUUUCUGUUCUAGCAGCAGGAAAAGUUUCUCAGUUACCCCCCCUUACUGUAACAAUUUUGUUUUCUACUGUUAAUUACAUUGUGUAUUUAUAGUUCUAUGCUUACUGUUGUGCAUAUACUGGCAAUAAAACUGUACAUAACAUUACUUGAAAAAACGGAUAAUGUAUAUCAGCUGUUUUUCUGUCUCAUAGUAUGAUAAAAGUCACUUUAAUAAGUAGGGAAUUUUGUUGUUGUUUUUAACUGGAAGGCCUUGUAUCAAUGGUGUUAUCUUACAAAUUUUAUAAAUACAUCUGAGGAAAAAAGAUUUAUCAGGCGUAAUAACAACAAUCAAAUGUAUAUACUAUAUAAGCCGUAUAUAUUAUAGCUUAUCUUAAAGAAGCAAAGAAUUUUAAACAUUGAACUCUUCUCAGUAGUGUUUUAAGUACGAUGACCUUUGGUAUAUUUUUUAACCUGUUUAAAUCAAAAUAAUGAUUUAAAAUAUAAUUUUGACCUCUGCUUUCAGGUCUUGCUUUAACUACUGUUGACAACUAAGUAGAAUGACUUAAGCUGAACAGUGACUCUUUUUUAAUCAUUAAAAAAUUAAAUCAAGCACCUAGCAUCUAAAGGAAAGCACUCAAGAAAUAAAUGUGCUAAGUAACAGAAAAGUAUAGUUUAAUGUGACUAAGUGAAAGCUACAUUAAAAAAAUGGAAAAAAAAAUAUAUUCUUGUUUAAAAUUCUAUAAUUUCAAUUGAUGAGACCAUAAAGUUGUUAUUGAUUAUUCAAAUUACUAUCUGCAACAUACCUUUAAUUUGUUGAUUCUAGAAACAUACUUAGAUAUGAGCUAUUAAAGAAUGGUCAUAAAAAGCUACUGUUUAAAUUUUUUCCUCCUGCUUUUCUCCCGGGAACUAUCAGUGUCAUUCAUUUACUACACUGCUCAAGAUUAAUUAUAAAAGUUUGUAAGUUCCAGAUU